AGUAACUAAUUUAAGUAAAUACAUAAGAUUGUUAUUUCAUUGUUUGUCCUUUUAAACUAAUUAGUAUUGAAAUCAGGAAAAAUAUAUAAUCAUUUAUUAGACCCACAUUAAUUUUUUUUUCUUAUCUCUUGCAGGAUUUCUGGUAGGCCUAUUUCAGGGCAAGAUGCGGUACUAUUGAAACACCAAUCUGCUUUAAUUCACAGACGGACAGUUGUCUCUUCAGUGGGAAGCCUUUUUUUUUUUUCCCCCCUGGCUUACUGAACUUAUGAAACCAUGGCGGAAGGAGAGACAGAGUUACCUGGGCCCAAAAAGCGUGGACCCUAUAUCCCAUCUGUGACUAGCUGGAGCAUAAAUUUGAUGAUUCGAGGAAUAGUGCUGUUUUUUAUUGGAGUAUUUCUGGCAUUAGUGUUAAAUUUACUUCAGAUUCAGAGGAAUGUGACGCUUUUCCCACCUGAUGUGAUUGCAAGCAUCUUUUCUUCAGCAUGGUGGGUACCGCCGUGCUGUGGCACAGCUUCAGCGGUGAUUGGGUUAUUAUACCCCUGCAUUGACAGGCAUCUAGGAGAACCACAUAAAUUUAAAAGAGAGUGGUCCAGUGUAAUGCGGUGUGUAGCCGUCUUUGUUGGUAUAAAUCAUGCCAGUGCUAAAGUGGACUUUGAUAACAACAUACAAUUGUCUCUCACACUGGCUGCACUCUCCAUUGGACUGUGGUGGACUUUUGAUAGAUCUAGAACUGGCUUUGGCCUUGGAGUAGGAAUUGCUUUCUUGGCAACCUUGGUCACUCAACUGCUAGUCUAUAAUGGUGUUUAUCAGUAUACAUCGCCAGAUUUUCUCUAUGUUCGCUCUUGGUUACCAUGUAUAUUUUUUGCUGGAGGCAUAACAAUGGGAAACAUUGGUCGACAACUGGCAAUGUAUGAAUGUAAAGUUAUAGCAGAAAAGUCUCAUCAGGAAUGAGAAGGCAAAAAUAUAUUUUUUGUACAGAAAAAGAAGAUGAAGAGAGCAUGUAAAUGAUAUACCAAUGAAACUACGGACUAUAAAAUUGCCAGGAUGCAGUUUUUACCGUGAUUGUUUUAUAUAUAUAUGUAUGUAUGUAUGUAUGUAUGUAUAUACAUAUAUACACACACACACACAUAUAUUACUGCAAUCUGUGAUUGCUUCCUCUGUAAAUCAUCUACAAACCUUUGUGUAUUUGACUUAAAUAACUGUAAGCUAUAUAUGCACUACAUUAAAAAUGUUGAUUAAUAGAUGAAAUUUUUUAAUUAAUUUUUUAAACAUACCAUAUAUUGUAUCACAAUGUUGAUGUGCCAAAAUAUUCUGUUACUGUCAUGCAGAGUAUAAGAAUGCUUAGAACAAUUAUAAACUUAGUGUAAUAAAAUAAGAGGAAAGCCAAAAAAGCAAAUAGAAAACUGGUAUAUUCUCUUUUG